AUUCAUUCAUUCCUUUGUGUUCUUAAUCUUUAUAUAUUCUGCAGAUAUUACAUCCUAUACUGGAGAGAAAUGGGUGGCUUUGCUUUAAGCUUAGGUUUUCUGUUACUGGUUUCUCUCUUUCAGACAUGUUUACUCGAAAAUGUUGCUGUUACUGAUUCUUCUCCAGGUUUUAGGAAACCAAGAGAAGCAUUCGAAAUCAUCAUCGGUGGCGGCAUCAUCAUCGGCGGCGGCUGUCCCCCGGAAGCUCCUCCGCCUCCGCCUCCUGAACCCCUGUGCCCUCCCCCUCCGCCGCCGCCUCCUCCUCCUGAGCCCCUUUGCCCUCCCCCUCCGCCACCACCUCCACCACCUCCGCUGUUUGAAAACUCUCGCCUUGAGAUUGCCUAUUAUACAAUUCAGAGGUUCAAGAAGAAAAUCACGUAUGAUCCGUUGGGCGUUAAAAACACUUGGAACGGGGUUGAUAUAUGCAAGUACAGAGGGUUCGAUUGCGCCGUCGUCCCUAGUUACAAUGUGACGGCGCUAGCGAUUGUGAACUUCAAUCAGUUCUGUUUUGACGGCCCUGAACUCACCAUUGACGGCUUCAUAGAUGGACUACCGGACGUCACCAUUUUCCACGCGAAUUCCAACAAAUUCAAAGGCAAAAUCCCUAAGAACAUCGCCAAGCUUCCUUACCUCUACGAGCUUGAUCUCAGCAACAAUGGCUACACCUCCGAGUUCCCGUACGACGUCCUCGGCGCAACCAAUCUCACAUUCCUCGACCUCCGGUUCAACCAAUUCUCCGGCACGGUUCCGCCGCAGGUGUUCACCCUAGACGUCGACGUCCUCUUCAUUAACAACAACAAUUUCCUGCAGAGCCUGCCGGAAAAUCUCGGCUCCACUCCGGCGCUUUACCUAACCCUAGCCAACAACAAAUUCUCCGGCCCGAUUCCGGCAAGCUUAGGCAAAGCCUGCAACACACUGCGGGAAGUUCUCUUCCUGAACAACCAGUUGACCGGCUGUUUACCGGACGAGAUCGGACGGCUGAAAAAGCUCACCGUUUUCGACGUCAGCAAAAACCAUUUGACCGGCCCAAUACCCAACUCGUUUGCCUGUUUGUUCGUGAUUGAAGUCCUGAACUUGGGCCGGAACCAGUUCUGCGGCCCAAUACCCGAACGGGUUUGCAAGCUGCCCAAUUUGGGCAACUUUACAUUGUCCAACAACUUCUUCAACGAGAUUGGGCCGAUCUGCAAGAGCCUGAUAGAUAAAAAGGUGCUUGAUGUGAGCAAUAAUUGCAUUCCUGGGCUUCCGAACCAAAGGCCCAAAUGUGACUGCGAUGCGUUUUAUGCGAAGCCCAGAAAGUGUAAGUCAAUGGGCCGGACCUAUUGUGGGCGUGAACAACUUGGAUCCGAAAGGAAGACCGCUAUUCCACCGGCUGCCUCCCCAUUGUCUUAUAAUACUCUAAAACCACAUUGAUUGUUAUUAUCUCCAACAAGUAUAAAUAAGUGUCAUAUCUUAGUGAUGCCCUUAAUUGUAUAUCUAUCGGUUUCAUUUGUAGUCUUUCUAUUGAAUAAGUUUUAAGCAUUGAUUUACUUAACCAGUA